UGCAGGCACACACUGCAUCUCAGAGGUUUCAGAAACCGAUCUUUGGUUAAAGCAGAAGUCCACCGGAGACUCGGAAGAAGCAACUUCGGAGUUUAAAAUAGUUUGAAUUGAGUUGGAGGUGUUUGUUUUCUCUACGGGCUCCAGCAGGAUGCUGCCGCGGCGGAUGAUGUGGGGAGCUGUGGUGCGGCAGGUCACUCCGCGUCUGACCUACAGCACCGCAGCACAGCCGCAGGUAAAGCCAAAAAAGACCAAGUUUGGCCCCUUAAGUGACCAAGACCGGAUAUUCUCUAACUUAUAUGGCCGGCAUGACUGGAGACUCAAGGGAUCACUCAAACGAGGGGACUGGUAUAAGACAAAGGAGAUCAUACUGAAGGGACAAGACUGGAUCCUAAAUGAGGUGAAGAUCUCAGGGCUACGAGGUAGAGGAGGGGCGGGCUUUCCGACUGGCAUGAAGUGGAGCUUCAUGAACAAACCAAGCGGUGGCAGACCCAAGUACCUGGUGGUGAAUGCAGAUGAGGGCGAACCCGGAACAUGUAAAGACCGUGAGAUAAUGCGUCACGACCCCCAUAAGCUGAUAGAAGGCUGUCUGCUCGCUGGGGCAGCUAUGGGUGCUCGUGCUGCGUAUAUCUACAUCAGAGGAGAGUUUUACAACGAGUCAUCCAAUUUACAGGUGGCUAUUAAUGAGGCCUACAAGGCCAAGCUGAUAGGGAAGAACGCAUGUGGGUCCGGGUACGACUUUGAUGUGUUUGUGAUGCGAGGAGCGGGAGCCUACAUCUGUGGGGAGGAGACGGCCCUCAUCGAGUCUCUGGAGGGAAAACAAGGGAAACCUCGGCUCAAGCCACCUUUCCCUGCAGAUAUAGGCGUUUUCGGAUGUCCAACGACCGUUUCCAAUGUAGAGACGGUUGCCGUGGCACCUACAAUCUGUCGUCGAGGCGGGGCUUGGUUUGCAAGCUUUGGGAGGGAGAGGAACUCUGGGACAAAGCUGUACAACAUCUCCGGUCACGUGAACACACCGUGCACAGUGGAGGAAGAGAUGUCCAUUCCUCUGAGGGAGCUAAUAGAGAGACAUGCAGGAGGAGUGAGGGGUGGCUGGGACAAUCUAUUAGGAGUGAUCCCAGGAGGGUCCUCCACUCCCAUCAUCCCCCGCCAUGUGUGCGAUGAUGUGUUGAUGGAUUUCGAUGACCUGGUCCGUGCUGAGACUGCAUUAGGAACUGCUGCUAUCAUAGUAAUGGAUAAAUCGACUGAUGUGAUCAGAGCCAUUGCACGUUUGGUGGAGUUCUACAAACAUGAGAGCUGUGGUCAGUGCACCCCCUGCAGAGAGGGAGUUGACUGGAUGGAUAACAUGAUGUGGAGGUUUGUUCGGGGAGAAGCAGCAGUUUCAGAGAUCAAUAUGAUCUGGGAGCUCAGCAAGCAGAUAGAAGGACACACCAUCUGUGCACUGGGGGACGGAGCUGCCUGGCCUGUGCAGGGACUGAUCCGUCAUUUUCGGCCAGUCAUGGAGAGACGCAUUGCACAGUAUAACCAGAAAAACCCUCAGAGAGAGCCAGACAUCGAGAUGAUAUGAAACUCUACAGACGUCCUUUUUGACACUACCAAAAAUAUUAUCAUCAUCAUUUUAUGCUGCUGUGAGAUGAUUUGUUCCUAACAAGUUUUUGUUCCAAACAGUUUACACUACAUGUGGUGCUGCCUGGAAGCAGCCU